GUUGAUUCUUUCUUCAUCUUUUCUUCUCAAAUGACCGGAGGAAAAACCAAGACCAAGGCCACCAUGUCCAAGAAGAAGAGAACGGCCGAUGCAUCGUCCUCGCUGCCCGAAACGUACCCGUACCUUGAUGGGUCGUUUCUCGAGUUUGGAUCGGAGGCGGAGCUCCAUCACUUCCUCUCCUAUUUCUCUACGCGCCCCAUCGCGCCGCCUCGCAUCCUCCCGGAGCUUUACCCCCAACAAAAGGGGUUUCAUGAUCUCGACAACCAGCUCCAAGCUUCAGGACUUUGGCCGUUCGUCUCCAAGAGCCACCAAAGCUUCAACCACGGGCUUGUGCGUGCGUUCUACUCCAACCUACGCCGAGAAGGGGACGUCCUCAAGACGAGCAUCAAUCUCUAUGACAUAGAG